AUGGUCCAAGAGCGAGGGUCCAAGCAGCGGGCCCCUGAUAAUGCCAAUGACCCCGAGAGCGACACUGACAUCUCGGCCUUGAUCAAGUCCACUCUCAAGGGCAAUGGACAGGCCGAUACCAGCAGUGCCUUUGGGGCAGCAACAGCCCAUCCCACCUUUGGGCACCCGACCAAGAUGAUGUCCUCUCGUAAGCAGAAAGCCGACAUCUUCAUCCGUCAGAAGACUCGCCCCGAGCAUCAUCUCGAAAGCCGCGUCAAUGGCCCCAGAGCGCCGACCUACCAUCCUCGAAUCGCUCCUCCGCCUCCCAUGUUCAGCUCAGUCCCGUCGGCUUCGGCUUCGACUGUGCCUUCGAUAGCUGCAGCACCGCAGCGUCGUGGAGAAGAGGUUUUCUAUACAGAUCCGGCAAAGGCCAGCGAAGAUUUGAAGGCAUUGCUGGAGGGAGGCUUGGAGGGCGAUGACGACGAAGGAGUCGAACACGAUGGGAACCAAGAGCCGUCAGGAGAAGGGAAGAAGAAGCCCACAGACGAUACGGCUCCCAAAGAUCCCAAGACUAUAGCCAAAGAUGGCAAUGUGGUUGGCCUCAAGGUACAAUUGCUACCUCAUCAGGUAGAGGGUGUCAACUGGAUGCGCGGCCGUGAACUCGGUCCGGUCAAGAAGGGCACUGUUCCCAAGGGCGGUUUGCUUGCCGACGACAUGGGACUGGGCAAGACGUUACAGUCAAUCUCCCUUAUUCUCCUCAACCAAAAGCCAAAAAAGGACGAGGAGGGUUGGAAGAAGAGUUUUCAAAAGGUCGACAAGACGACUCUCGUCGUUGCCCCUCUAGCAUUGAUCAGGCAAUGGGAGGCAGAAAUCAACGAGAGGGUAGUCAAACAACACGGCCUAAAAGUACUGGUACACCACGGGCCGCAGCGGACAAAGCAAGCCGAGGACCUUAAGCAGUACGAUGUUGUCAUCACGACCUACCAGAUCCUCGUCUCUGAGCACGGAAAGUCGUUGGAUGAUGCCCCGACAGGUUGCUUUGGGCUUCACUGGUGGCGAGUCAUCCUCGAUGAGGCACACACCAUCAAAAACCGCAAUGCAAAGGCCACCAAGGCUUGCUGUGCGCUGCGAUCAGAGUAUCGAUGGUGCUUGUCCGGUACACCAAUGCAGAACAAUCUUGAGGAGUUGCAGUCCCUCAUCAAGUUUCUUCGCAUCAGGCCCUACGAUGAUUUAAAAGCAUGGAAGGAUCAGAUCGAGCUCCCCAUGAAAGGCGGCAAAGGCCAUAUCGCUCUCGGUAGGCUUCACAGCUUCCUUCGCUGUUUCAUGAAGAGGCGCACAAAAGAGAUUCUGAAGCAGGCUGGUGCACUCACACCUGGCGGAGUGCCAUCAGCCGACGGUGCAGCAGCGAUAAACGGAUUUAGACAUACCAACCGCAAGGUCGUCACUGUCGCCACUGAACUCUCUCCUGCGGAGCGGAGGUUUUACCAAAAGUUGGAAGCUCGUGCCGACCAGAGCAUGACAAGGAUGAUGAAAGAGAAGAUUAGCUACGCCAACGCUUUUACAUUGCUACUACGUUUGAGACAGGCGUGCAAUCAUCCAAAACUGCUCGAGGGAAAGCUAGGGGAUGACAAGGAUGCGCUUUCAACGGGCGUUUCGAAUACAAAACAGCAAGACGCGGAUGUGGAUUCGGUGGCCGAUUUGUUUUCAGAUAUGGGAAUCACCACUAAGGAGUGUAGCAUUUGCGGCCGACCAGUGGAUAAGAAGGGACGAGAUUCUGGAGAUGAUCAUUGUGCUGACUGCGCUUCGGAUUUGGCAUUCUUUUACGGCACAUCCUCCAAGAAGAAAGGGGAGAAAAAGCGACAACAAAGACGUCCGAAGGACGAGGAGGAAGAAGAGGAAGAGGAAGAGGAAGAACGUGAUGAUGAAGAUGAGGAGGAACCGAACCAAACAUCUCGUCGUCAUCGAAACCGCAAAGCCGUCAUUGACAGCGAUGACGAAGAAGAGGAUGAUGAUGAGGGCAGCUGGAUUGUCUCGGAGAGCGAGCGAGGAGCCCUGAAGCUCGGUAAGGCUGGAGGAUCAGAAGACGAGAAUGCAGAAGGUGGCGGAGACUCGAUAGGAUCAGAGGAUUCCGAAGACUCUGAAGGAGAAGACGAUGAUGAUCAAAGCAACCUUGAUAGCUUUGUGGUGGAUGAUUCGAUCGCCAGAAAAGAAGAAGGGUACAAGUCUGUGGACGAGGAGUCGGAUGACGACUCUCUCUUGUCUGUAUCUGAAAUAACAAAGGGUAUGGCCAAGCAGACGCUCAAGGACAAGGCUCCUCGCACCUCAAAAGCAAAGUCAAAACGCAUCAUCACAAUUUCUGAUGAUGAUUCCGAAGCUAGCUCAGAGACCGACGCCGAUUCAGAGACCGAAUCCGAGUCCGAGGAGGACGACUCAGAUGCCUCUUCGGAGCACGACCCCUCGCCAGACGAGGCGCACGAGCACAAGUUCAUCGUCUUUUCGCAGUUUACGUCGAUGCUCGACUUGGUGGAGCCGUUCCUGCGCAAGGAAGGGUUCCGGUUUACGCGUUACGAUGGAAGCAUGAGGAACGAUGCGCGAGAGGAGAGUUUGCGGAAGCUUCGUGAGGAUAAGUCGACGAGGGUGUUGCUUUGCAGUCUCAAGUGCGGUAGUUUGGGCUUGAACUUGACUGCUGCGACGAGGGUUAUCAUCAUUGAGCCGUUUUGGAACCCCUUCGUUGAAGAACAAGCCAUAGACCGAGUCCACCGCCUCACCCAAACCGUCGACGUCGUCGUCUACAAGCUCACAGUCACCCACACCGUCGAAGAAGGCAUCCUCGAGCUCCAAGAAAAGAAACGCCUCCUCGCCGAGCAGACCAUCGAAGGGUCCUCCCGUAAGGGCGCUCUCAAGCUCGGCCUCAACGAAAUCAUCGAGCUGUUCAAGCCCAUCCACACGUCGCGCUUCCAGGACGGCGGCGCGCAUGUUCAGUAUGACACUGCGGCGGCGGAGGAUGAGAACGGGAGGGCGUCGUUUUUGCAGAAGACAAAGCAGAAGAAGGUGCAGAAGCCGGAGAAUAGUGCGUAUGCGCGACGGUGGUAG